UUACUGUACUUGAAAUUUUGCGUUUGCAUGCCAUCCACGUGUGAAUCAUGCCUUCUCCGAAUGUUGACCUAUGACCCAAAUUGGCGGGAUCCACCAUACUACAUUGCAGGAAUUUCAGGAAAGUUUGUGUCUUUUUCUGGGUCGGAAGAUGCCUGCAAGGUUUUGUGGUAAACACUGGGACUGCAAAGUAAUGACUUAGAUGUAACCCAAAUAAUGGCUUCAUCGUGGAAAAGAAAAUAUGACGAAAUAGCCGACAAUGGUGAUGAUGGGACUGAGGAAGAGGAAGAGGAUGCAGAGGAGGACUGGGGGGCAUCCAUGGAUGACAACACACAAGGACAACAUGUACAUGUUCCAGACAAGAGGCAGAGGACACUGUCAACAUCUCUGCACAGUCUAGGUGAGGAAGACACCUCCCGUGUGAUAGUCCAUAUUGAUGUGGACUGCUUCUAUGCUCAGGUGGAGAUGAUUAGAGACCCUUCCCUUCGAGACAAACCACUGGGUAUCCAACAGAAGUACAUAGUGGUGACAUGUAACUACGUUGCGAGGAAACACGGUGUAACAAAGCUGAUGGGUAUAAAACAGGCAAAGGAGCUGUGUCCAGAACUGGUGCUGGUGAAGGGAGAAGAUCUCACACACUACAGGGAGAUGUCUUACAGAAUAACAGAGACUUUACAGAAGUUCUCCCCACUUGUUGAAAGACUUGGGUUUGAUGAGAACUUUGUGGAUGUGACAGAAACUGUUGAAGCGAGGGUAAAGUCUGCCUUCUCUCCCCAACUUAAUGGCCACAUCUUUCCUGAAAUAGAGAUAGAAGAUGACUCAAUGAAAGAUGAGAGACACAAGCGGCUUGCGUGUGGUUCUCAGAUUGCAGCGGAGAUUCGCGAGGCCCUCCACUCCGACCUGGGCAUCACGUGCUGUGCAGGGAUUGCACACAACAAGCUGCUGGCCAAGCUGGUGGCAGGACAGCACAAGCCCAACCAGCAGACCAGCCUGCUGCCAGGGGGGGUGGGGAAGCUCAUGGGAACACUCAAGACUGCCAGGAAUAUACCAGGUAUAGGGUCCCGCACCUUUAAGAGACUACAGACGUUGGGUAUCAGCACAGUGCAGGAACUCCAGGAUGCUCCAGCUGACACCCUACAGGCAGAGUUUGGCUCUCAGACUGCACAGGUCAUGCAGCAGCUGUGCCGUGGUGUGGACCCUUCUCCUGUCACUCCUACUGGACCUCCACAGACAAUCAGUGAUGAAGAUUCUUUCAAGAAGUGUGGAUCCUUUCAGGAUGCCAAGAAACGGAUGACAGGGCUUCUACAAAGUCUGAUGAAAAGGCUGAAAGGUGAUGGAAGAUUUCCACAUGUGCUCAGAGUAACAGUGAGAAAGUUGUCAGCAUCCAACAAGUGGACAAACAGAGAGAGCAGACAGUGUGCCAUACCAUCACAUCUGUUUGGCACUCAGGGUGAUGAAAACAAAGCAGAAGAAACCAUCUCCAAACUCCUGGACCUGUGUGUGGUGUUGUUCUGCAAGAUGGUGGACGUGAACCACCCCUUCCACCUCACCCUCAUCAAUAUCUGCUUUGCCAAGCUUGAAGCAAGAUCCAAACAGUCGGCUUCCAUAAAGAAUUUCUUCCAGAACGAGCCCACCUCAGCACAGAUACUUAAGAAGAAUCCUAGUCCUAAGAAAGCUCCUGAGCAAUCACAGACACCCCAGAGAAAAUCUUCAAGAUCCUUCAUAGAAUCCUUCUUCAAACCACAGCAGAAAUCUUUGUCAUUCUCUGAGACCCCAAACAUGUCCUACCUGACCAAUACAGUUCACCAUGCACCUUAUACAUGUACAACGACUGAUCAGCAAAAUACAGAAGCUACCCCAUCAACAUCAUUUCAGCCUGACUUUACAGCAAAAAAUAAAGAUGCCAGAAAUAGCUCUGUGGAAACUGAUUUUGCUGCUGAAAGUUGUUGUAACAGUGAUCAUAUCCCAUGUUCAAAGUUGAAUGACACCAGUUCCAUCAGAACAUUGAGUUCUAAACAAGGAAUGAUUUCUUCUGCUCUGAAGAAAGAGCCCAACACAACCAGCAGAGUCAGAACUUUACCAUCUGGUAUUGACCCUGAGGUUUUCAGCCAACUCCCGCCAGAAAUACAGAAAGAAAUCUGUGCAAACUAUCAGGAAACAGGAGAUGCUUACAGAACUUCUACCUCAAUUCAGUCUCUCAACCAAGGACAUCAGAACACACAUGUAGAGACCCCAAGUUUCUGUGACAACCCUCCAUGUAUUGAAGGCCAAAGAGACAGUACAGAAGAAGUUGGAGAAACUUCAGGUUGUGCUAAAUCUGAAUCUGGGACUGCUGAAGGCAUUGCCCUUCCUCCAGACAUUGAUCCUGCUGUGUUCAGUGAGCUUCCAACAGAGAUGAAAGCUGAGCUGCUCAAAUCUUGGCAGAGAAAGAAUUCUUUAUCAGACAGUGCACAAACGGACAGAAGACCUCAGGCUAGAAAGACUGGAAAGUCUCCAAGUAUUGCCAAAUACUUUAAGAAAACAAAUAGCUAGUGAGAAAAAUUAGAUGCAAUUUUUUUGCCAUCACUAGCAAGGCAACAUGGUCUUGAAAAUGUAAUUAUGGUACUAUAUUCUUUAAGAUUUUAAUAAAAUUUUCAUGUACCAGUAUUCAAAAUGAGAAAGGAUACCUGUUCCCUGUAUUUUAGAUAGAGCCUUAAUGUGUCACCUAACAAUUAUUCACAACUUUAUCACCUUAAAAAGUAAAUAUUUCAAGUUCAUGUUCACUUGGUUCCAUGAGUUACUACUUGGUACAUGUAUUUUGUCUCCUUACUGACACUGUUACAGUAGUUGAUGUCAAAACUGCUAUAACUAAUACUGUUAUGAACAAUU